AUGGCCUCUGGAGCUGUAGUGAGGCCGUUGGCCUCCAUCAGCGCAUCCAUUGGCAUCAAGCAGGUCGCCACGCGCGGCUUCGCGACAGCCACCAAGCGACAGCAGCUUCUGGUGAGCCAGCUGUCACGGAGCAUGCGACCGCAGACGGCGGCGCGGGUACCGCGGGAGUCGAUACAGCAGAGCUUUAGGAGAGGGUAUGCGGAGCAGAUCAGCCCGGUGACGAAGGAGAAGGUGAAGAAGCGCUCGUGGGGGUUCUUUAGAUGGUCGUGGCGGCUGCUGUAUCUCAGCGCGAUCGGAGGUUUGGUGUAUACGGGGUGGCAGAUUCAUGUGAGCAAGUACCCGACGGAUCAGGAGGACCCGGAUCCGAGGAAGAAGACGCUGGUUGUGCUUGGUACUGGAUGGGGCUCUGUCUCUCUGCUGAAGAAACUCGACACCGAAAACUACAAUGUCAUCGUCGUCUCGCCGCGCAACUACUUCCUCUUCACGCCUCUCCUGCCCUCCUGCACCACCGGCACCAUUGAACACCGCAGUAUCAUGGAACCCGUCCGCAACUUCCUCCGCCACAAGAAAGCCACUGUCAAGUUCUACGAAGCUGAAGCGACCAAGAUCGACUACGAGAAGAAGAUUGUGUACAUCAGCGAUGAUUCUGAGGUCAAGGGGACUGUAUCUCGGACAGAGGUGCCUUUUGACAUGCUGGUCGUUGGUGUGGGCGCUGAGAACGCUACCUUCGGUAUCCCUGGUGUUCGCGAGAACGCCUCCUUCUUGAAAGAAGUCGGUGAUGCUCAGCAAAUCCGGAAGCGCAUCAUGGACUGCUGUGAAACUGCUAUCUUCAAAGACCAGUCUCCCGAGGAGAAACGCCGCCUGCUCCACAUGGUUGUCGUCGGUGGUGGACCUACUGGUGUCGAGUUCGCCGGCGAGCUGCAAGACUUCUUCGAGAACGACCUACGCAAAUGGAUGCCUGAGCUGCAAAACAACUUCCACGUCACUCUCGUCGAAGCCCUCCCUAACGUCCUGCCUAUGUUCUCCAAGAACCUCAUCGACUACACCGAACAGACUUUCAAGGAAGAGACAAUCGAGAUCCGUACUAAGACCAUGGUCAAGAACGUCGCCGAAACCUACAUCGAAGCUGAAUAUACCGAUGCCUCCGGCAAGAAAGUCCUCGAGAAGAUCCCGUACGGUCUGCUCGUCUGGGCUACUGGCAACGCCGUCCGCCCCGUCGUGAAGGACCUCAUGAACCAGAUCCCGGCGCAAAAGGACUCCCGCCGUGGCCUGUUGGUGAACGAAUACCUCGUCGUAAAGGGCAGCGAAGACAUCUGGGCCGUCGGCGACUGCGCCAUUGCCAACUACGCCCCGACCGCCCAAGUUGCUUCGCAGGAGGGAGCCUUCCUCGCCCGCCUCUUCAACCAGAUGGCGAAGACGGAGGAGAUUGAAGGCGAGCUGAGCUUGCUCUCGGAUGAGCAGGCCAAAGCGCCGAACCAGGAGGCAAGAGAUGGGAUUUUCGGACAGAUCAAGGAUUUGCAGAAGAGGCUGCGCAGGGUAAAGCAGAUGGGGCCUUUUGAAUAUUCGCAUCAGGGUAGUCUGGCGUAUAUUGGCAGCGAGAAGGCGGUGGCGGACAUCAGUUGGUUGACUGGAAAUUUGGCAACGGGUGGGCAGUUGACGUAUUUGUUCUGGCGGAGCGCGUACUUGAGUAUGUGCUUUAGCACUCGCAACCGGGUCCUGGUGAUCACGGACUGGAUCAAGGCUAAGAUGUUUGGUCGCGAUGUCUCCCGAGAAUAG